AUGGCAGACGGUGGGACCAGUGGAACAUUUCUGCGCACCAUCGAGUGGGACAUGAUGGACAAGCGGAAAUUCUUCCCACUCUCGAUGCUCAGCUCAUUCUCGGUUCGCUGUGCUCUAUACCCGUUGACGGUAAUCAAAACCCAGCUACAGGUACAGUUCCGCAACGACAUCUACAAGGGUAUGAUCGAUGCCGGUAUUAAGAUCUAUCGAGCCGAGGGUGUGCCGGGGCUGUACCGGGGAUUUUGGAUUUCUUCGGUGCAAAUCGUGAGCGGUGUGUUCUAUAUCAGCACGUACGAAGGCGUCCGGCAUGUGCUGGGCCAGUACGGUGCAAACCAGCGCGCCAAAUCACUCGUAGCCGGCGGUUGCGCAUCACUCGUUGGCCAAACCAUUAUCGUACCAUUCGAUGUGAUUUCACAGCACGCAAUGGUACUCGGGAUGGGUGCGCACGGCGGUAAGAACGGUGCGGUCAAUCCGCUCGGUAUCAACUUCGACAAGGGUAGCAGCCGGUUACGAAUUACGCGUGAUAUUGCGCGCGAAAUUCUCCGCCGCGAUGGUGUGCGUGGAUUUUACCGCGGGUAUACGGCGAGCCUGAUGGCGUACGUACCAAAUUCGGCAAUGUGGUGGGCCUUCUAUCAUUUGUACCAGGACGAGCUGCUAAAAAUCGUACCACCGUGGGUAUCUCAUCUGUUUGUGCAGUGUGUAGCCGGUAGCUUCGGUGGCUUCACCACAACCAUCAUAACGAAUCCGCUCGAUAUAGUGCGAGCGCGAUUACAGGUACAGCGGCUCGAUUCGAUGAGUGUCGCUUUCCGGGAGCUGUGGCACGAGGAACAUUUUCAUAUGUUCUUUAAGGGACUAACGGCACGGCUUGUGCAAUCGGCCGCGUUUUCCUUCAGCAUCAUCCUCGGGUACGAAACGAUCAAACGAGUAUCGGUUAACGAGCAGUACCGGCACAUGAUCAAGUGGUAA